CUUAAAACUCUGUUUUUUGGCAAGUUUUUUGGGGAAUUUUUUCAGCAAGACACACCCGAAACAUCUUUGUUAAACACUCAUUUAUCAUUGAUAAUCGGAGACAAGGCUCUAUAUUCUUGUACCAGUUUUUUUAAUGUUUCUAGAAAUAUAUAUUUCUCUUCAGUUUAUAGAUUUGUAUUCUUGUGUUCAGACUGCUUGACUUGCAGUGAUAAUGAAAGUGAUUUUAGUGAUUCUUCAUACUUUGUUGAGUCUUACACUAGCAUUGCCAAUUGAUAACGAUCGUAUAGUCUACCCAGACUACAAAAUAAUUGAGGAAAUUGUUGAUAGAUUUGGAGAUUACGAACGUGAUCCAAAAAGUUUAUUUGACGACCCAAACCUCUUGAAAUCAGAAAAUGCAACAGCUGCAUACUUAAUCGACGAUGAAGCAGAUACAAAAUAUGAAUAUGGAACUUUUUAUCAAGGUGAUAUGAUCUUGAAGGAUGAUCAAAUGGAUAUAAUAAAUAGUUUGAGACCUGUUAAUGAUCAAGCUGAAUUUAAUGAUGAUAGUGAUUUGGGAACCAGAACUGGUAUAUUAUGGGCUGGAUAUAGAUGGCCUAAAAACUCAAAAGGAACUGUCAUUGUUCCGUAUGUGAUUGAUAGUCAUGACUUUAACACCUUCGACGAGCUUAAAAUCCUGUUUGCUAUGCUUGACAUUGAAAAAUACACAUGUAUCCAGUUUGUUCCACGUAGCAGUGAGAGAAAUUAUGUCCACAUACAUUCUGGAGUUGGAUGCAAUUCACAUCUUGGAAGACAAGGUGGACGACAGCUGAUAAGUCUUCAACGCAAAGGUUGUAUGUCUCGUGGAACAAUCAUUCAUGAAUUAAUUCAUGCGCUUGGAUAUGAUCACAUGCAGAAUCAUAAUGAUCGAGACAAAUAUGUUUAUAUUCUUUGGGACAAUAUUGUUGAGACACAGAAGAAUAAUUUUCAAAAAGUUAGUCCAUACCUAUUUAGCAACUUUGGAACUCAAUAUGAUUUUUAUUCAGUUAUGCAUUAUGAGCCGUAUGCAUUUUCGAAAAAUGGAAAGCCAACUGUUGUUCCAAAGGAUUCUAAGUUCAACAAAAUUAUUGGACAAAGGAAUGCAUUGAGUUCGGGUGAUGCUGAGAGGAUUAAUAAUAUGUAUAAGUGUUAUUCUUAAGGAGUUGAUCAUAAGUGAUGUGUAAGAUCAUAAAAAGUAGAAUGGGAAUUAAUGAGGAAAAGUAUGGAUUGUCAGUUAUUAUUAAGGCGUAUACACUCGGGAUUUUUGGGACUAAUCCCAGGAAAUCCCAAAUAAUCCCAAACUUUGUACAAAAAUCACAAAAAUCUCAAAAAAAUCCAAGAAAAUUCGAAAAAAUCACAAAAAAUCCUAGAAAAUCCCAAAAGACCCCUAGUCCCUAACCGACACUUCAAAUGACUACAGUUGAAUAUAAACUACUAUAUGCACAGUAAUCGAAUAAAAAUCAUCUCUAUUUUUAUGCAUUAACAUGCAAACCUGUUUCUUUCAAAAAUGCUGGCUAAAAAAAUAUCCAAAAUAAAUUCUUAUUAAAGUUAAAUAAAUCCAUAAAUCAAAUAUUUAUUUCAGAAACACGAGCCAAAUCGCAUCUCAAACAAACCAUAACAACAACAAUUAGUAAAACAUCCCAAAAACAUUCAAGAAUCCAAUGUCAAUGCCACACAACUUUCCUCAAACUAGUUUGAUCUUACAAUAAGAUUUUGUCUCAUUUAUUCUCAUCUUCUCAGCAGAUAGUGUCUCGCUGUUGCGUUUACAAGUUGUUUUUUUAAUCGUAGUCAAUAAUAUGAAAUUAUUUUUAUAUUUUUUACUUAUUUUUGUAACUAAAAUUUCAUCAUUUCCUGUUAAUGACGAUCGGAUUAUUUUUCGUGAUGAUGAUGUUCGAGUUGAUGACAGUGUAGAUGAUAUAAGGUUUGACCAAUUGCGUCUGUUGACUGAUUCGAAUUUAUUAAAGUCAGACAAUGCUUCUAAAGAGUUUUUGUUUGAUGAACGAGCACAGCAAAGGCUUGAGAAUGGUCAAUUUUAUCAAGGUGAUAUAAUAUUGCAGCAAGAUCAACUUGACAUUUUGAAAUAUCCUGAUGAUGAUGAUCCAUUUGGAACUAGAACUGGAGUGUUGUCGGAGAAUUAUAGAUGGCCUAAGAAUAGCAAAGGAAAGGUUAUUGUACCUUAUGAGUUCUCAAGUGAAUAUACAUUUCGUGAUCGCAUUAGUAUGUAUCUUGGCAUGUAUGACUUGGAGAAGUAUACAUGUGUACAGUUCAAGUCACGUGACAAUGAAGAAGAUUAUCUUUUUAUUAAGUCUGGCAAAGGAUGUUCGUCCAAUCUUGGUAAACUUGGUGGUAAGCAAACAGUCAGUUUGCAACAAAAAGGAUGUCUUUCACGUGGUACAAUCAUCCAUGAAUUGAUUCAUGCACUUGGAUAUGAUCAUAUGCACAGCCAUUCAGAUCGAGAUAAAUAUGUAGAUGUUGUUUGGGACAAUAUUGAUAGGAAAAGUUUUACAAAUUUUGAAACAGUCAGCGCAAAAAAAUUCAGUAAUUUUGGAACUGACUAUGACUUCUAUUCAGUCAUGCAUUAUUCACCAACGGCAUUUUCUAAGAAUGGGAAACGAACCAUAAUUCCUAAAAACAGCAAAUACAGGAAUGUUAUUGGACAAAGAGUCGGAUUGAGUGUUGGUGAUGCACAAAGGAUUAAAAAUAUGUAUAAGUGUCAGUGAUAUUCAAAUUAUGAGAUUCAUUCUUUAGCUUGUAAUGAUUGUAAAGUAAGGAAAUUUUAAUAAAAAUGCUGAUUGAAAU